UUUUGAAGUUAACGGUUGUAUUUAACCAUUCAAUUUUAACACAAAUCUGCGAUUUUAUGAAGAAGAAGGAAGAAGUAGGCGUUCAGGUGAAGAAAUAGACGUUUUGGUCAAUCAUUUGUUUGAUGAAAUGGCUUCACCACGUAAAAAACGGAAGAUUGAGGCAAACGGAUCUCGUUUGAGCAAACUGUUAAUUAAUAAGGGUACAAAAGCCUUGAAACAUUCAUUGCAAUAUUUAUUAAAACCAUCAAAUUUAUCUGCUACACUAAAUGAUCCUUCUACAAUACGCAAAUUGAAAUCAAUAAAAUUCAAAGUGAUUAGCAAAGAUCAAUGGGAUCUUCUUUACCCGUCAACUGCUUCACCAGACAUUGAAAACUUUGAUAUUUCAUUGUUGACUGUCUUAUUGCGAAAUAUAUGUGGUCUAACAGCGCCAGCUGGUGGAUGGAAUAAUCUUCCCUCUCACUCAGAUACCUCAGUUUCAGCAAAUAUUGCAAGAAUAAAGUAUUAUCGAAACAAAGUGUACGGUCACAUUACCACAACUAGUUUGGAUGACAAUGAGUUUGAGCUCUUGUGGCACGAAAUUUCAAAAGCGUUGGUUGGUCUUGGUAUUCAACAAACUGAAGUAGAUGAAAUGAAGGAAGCUCCUCUAAGUCCAGAUGAGGCAAAUUACAUUGAAAUGUUAAGAGGCUGGUAUACCAAAGAACAAGAAUUAAUCGAAAUGGCUGAGAAGACCAAAAUUAUCGCUUUAAAUACGAAUGAGAAAGUUGAAGAAAACAAAAAAGUUGUUGAAGGAAUAAAAAGUGAUGUGGCUAGAAUCAAAGAGGAAGUAAUAGCAACAAAAGCCGACAUAGCGGGAAUAAUGUUUCAUGAAAAAACUUCUUCAGAUGUCGAAAAGCUUGGAAAGUGUAAUUUCAAUGGUCUGAUAAAAGAUCUUAACAAGAAAUACUCUCAAGGCACUAGACAAUGGUUAUUUGAAAAACUUAACACUUGGUUUAACGAAAAAUAUGAAGAUGCUUCUAAUGUCAUGGUUUGGAUCGCUGGUCCUGGUGUCGGUAAAAGUGUAUUUUCAGCUGAGGUGUGUCGAAGAUACUCUGAGAAGAAGCUUGCUGCUUGUCAUUUCUGCAAGUUUAAUCGAUCAGACUAUAGAGAUCCUCGAAUGUUGGUAGAGUCAUUGGCCAGUACCAUGUGUGAUACAAUAUCUGGUUUUAAUUCUAAACUGAAUGAAGCAUUGAAGAGAAACCAUUCCAAAGCAUCAAUCGCUGAUGCAUUCCUUGUUUUGUUAAACAAUCCAUUGCAUUCUCUGAAAGAUCAUGAACCAAUGCUUUUGGUCAUUGAUGCAUUAGAUGAAAGUCAAGUUAACGGCAAAAGUGAAUUAUUAGAAUUGAUUGCAGAGGAAUUCGGCCAACUACCAAAAUGGAUUAAAAUCUUUAUCACUAGUCGUCCAGAACUUCCCCUUCAAAAGCAUUUGAAAGAAAUGAAUCAUAUGAAAAUAACAACUCAACCUCGUGAUAGAAACAACGAAGAAGAUCUGCAAAAGUAUUUGAAAUAUCAAUUAAACAGUUGUUGCUCUGGGAACUCUAAUUUUUUUGUUUCUGACUACGUUUUAAGAUUGUUAGUUGAAAAAUGUAAAGGGUCUUUUCUUUAUGCUUAUCACGGACAAGCAGAGCUGAAGAGAGAAAAUAUUGAACUUACCAGCGAGAGUAUUAAAGGAUUAGUCCCUCACGGCUUAAGUUGUUUCUAUAAGAAAGAAUUUCAUCGAGUAAAAACGUCAUUAAAGAAGAUAAGUUUUUCAACGCAGAGUACAUGAGAUGACGAACCAAUGCUUUUGGUUAUUGAUGCUUUAGAUGAAAGUCAAGUUGAUGGCAAAAGUGAAUUAUUGGAAUUGAUUAAAGAAGAAUUCGGUCAACUGCCUAAAUGGAUUAAAAUUUUUUUCACCAGUCGUCCAGAACUUCCUGUUCAAAAUGAGUUGAAAGAAAUGAAUCCUGUGGAAAUAACAACUCAACCUCGAGAUAAAAACAACGAAGAAGACCUACGCAAAUAUUUGAAAUAUCAGUUAAACUCUCCGUCGACUGGGAACUCCGAGCUUUCUGUUUCUGACGACGUGAUAAAAUUAUUAGUUGAAAAAUGUGAAGGGUCUUUUCUUUAUGCUUAUCACGGACAAGCAGAGCUAAAGAGAAAAAAUGUUGAACUUAACAUAGAGAAUAUUAAACGAUUAGUCCCUCUUGGCUUGAGCGGUCUCUACAAGAAAGAAUUUCAUCGAGUAAAAGCAACCUUAAAAGAGGUCAGUUUAUCAACGCACAGCACUGUUUUGGGGGACGAAAACUUUAAGAAAUUCCUUAAAGUGUUGGCAGCUUGUGGAGACUUUUUGCCUUUGUCGGUUGUUUUUGAGUGUUUAGGUUUACCUGAUGAUGUCAACUUUGAAGAUCAGAAUAGCAUCAUUGAAAUUAUGUCUCAAAUUUUGCCAGUUUACGAUGAUUGUUUAACCGUGUAUCACAAGUCUCUCAUUGAUUGGUUAAAAUCAGAUGGUUAUGAUAGGCAUCAAUUUACAGUUAGUUCUCAAUCUAUACUAAACGGACAUCUGUUAUUGUGGCGUGCAUGUGAGAAACAGUUUCGUCACAUUAAGUCGAUAAAUAUUUUUAAAGAUCAACUGAA